AUGGCAAAAGCCAUACCCGAUUUCGAACCAUUUAUAGUUUAUGGGAACGACACUUCAAGUUCUUCUAUUGCCACUCGCUGGAAAAAAUGGUUGCAACGUUUUAACAAUCUUAUGGUCGCUAUGGAUAUAUCGGCAAAGAAACGGAAACGUGCUUUACUUAUACACUUGGCUGGAUCACAAGUUUACGAUAUCUUUGACACAUUUACCGCCGAACAGAAAGGUUCUGAGGAUGAUUUUGACACAGCUGUGAAAUCACUUACAACUUAUUUCGAGCCUAAAAAGAAUACGGAGUAUGAAAUCUACAAAUUUCGCCAAGCUAGCCAACGCCAUGACGAAAAGCUCGAUUCUUACCACACUCGCCUUCGACACCUUGCUUCCACGUGUGAAUUUGCAGACAUGGAUCGCGAAAUUAAAACACAAAUUGUGCAAACGUGCACGUCCCAACAGCUUCGACGAAAAGCCCUUCGUACUGAAAUGACUCUCCAACAACUUUUAGAUCAAGGCCGAGCCUAUGAACUAUCACACCAACAAGCUCAGGAAAUGGAAAAUAACAACACAGAAUCAGUCAACCAGAUGAAAACUGCUCAAACACGAAAUUACUUUUCGAAGAACUUCAACUCACAACGUCAAGGACAAAGACAAGAAUCAACGAAACUAUGUUAUUUUUGCAGCAAACCCUAUCCUCAUCCUGGCGUAUGUCCAGCAAAAGGGAAAACGUGUCGACUUUGCGGGAAAUUGAAUCACUUUGCCGUCGCAUGCCGUUCAUCUCCACAAAAACAACAACAUCGCCACCAUGAAAGUGACAAACGUCAGACGGUUAAAUAUGUAAACGAAGAAAACGCAAGUGACAUUACCAGUGAACACUCCGAGUCGGAUGAAUAUACGUUUAUGGUGCAAGAUACAGACGAAAAUACCAAACAUCCAAUGGUUAAUUAACGGAUUCAAGACCUAGCCAAAGUUAAAUUUAUUAUUGACACUGGAGCGACAGUUAAUUUACUCGAAGAAAAGGAUUUUGAAGCCUUCAAACCGGAAAUAAAAUUGGCAACACAGUUCUAUCAACAUCUACCCCUACAAGUCCGAUAAACCCCUCCGUGUCCUUGGGAAGUUUACUGCUACUGUAGAAUUGCGGAAACGAAUUGAUGCUGCCGAGUUUUUUGUCGUUAGCAACAACGGUCGCUUUGGAGGUUCUUUGUUAUCCUACAAUACUGCAAAGCAUCUUGGUUUGAUUGCAAUUACUAACGCUGUGGACACUGCUAAGAACACAACUGUAUCCUGCAAUGUUGCAAUACCUGAGGAAUUAUUCAAUGGCGUUGGAAAAUUAAAAGAUCAUAAGGUGAAGCUACAUAUUGACGAAUCAAUUCCGCCAGCUGCUCAAACCCAUCGGCGGAUACCAUUCCAUCUACGGAAACAGGUGGAGAAAAAGCUUGAAGAAAUGGAAAAGGAUGACAUCAUCGAGAAAACAGAAGGUCCAACGCCAUGGGUUUCCCCAAUCGUUGUUGUGCCGAAACCCAAAAGUCCAAACGAUGUUAGAAUUUGUGUGGAUAUGCGAGCUGUCAACAAGGCAAUCCAGCGAGAACGUCACAUAACCCCCACCAUAGAUGACGUCAUAGCAGAUCUAAAUGACGCUAAAGUAUUUUCAAAGCUUGACCUCAAUCAAG